AUGGAUAGUGCGGGCGAAGCGCGAAUGGGAUGGAUGUUUGAGCCUCUCCCUCAAAUACAUAAGUCACUCAGGUUUGAUAGUUAUACGAUUCCAGAAGAUGAUCUAGAAUCAGGUCAAUCACGUUUAUUAGAAGUUGACAAUAGAGUGGUUUUACCAGCAAAGAGCCAUAUACGUUUUAUUGUAACAUCUGCUGAUGUACCUCAUAAUUGGGUUGUACCUUCCUUAGGUGUCAAAUGUGAUGCUGUACCGGGUCGUUUAAAUCAGACCUCUAUUUUGGUACAACGAGAAGGAGUUUACUAUGGUCAGUGCAGUGAGAUUUGUGGAUUUAAUCAUGCCUUUAUGCCUAUCGUUGAAGAAGCUGUUCCUAGAAAAGAUUAUGGCUCUCGGGUAUCCAAUCAAUUAAUCCCACAAACCGGAGAAGCUUAA